CAAGAAACCCCCCUUUGAUGCAAGUCAGAAACUCAGUCAUUAAAGUCUUUCAAGUCCAUACCCAGCUUGACUCGUGUAAGCCAGUUUUAAUUCCCAACCAAAACCCAACAGCAACCACUCUGCCACCAGAACAACUCAUCAUCAACCACCCCAAACACACCCCUCCUCCUGCUCAUCGUCAUCGUCAUGUUCAUUCUAAAUUGGUUUUGGGACGUCUUAGCUAACCUGGGUUUGGUCAACAAGAAUGCCAAGAUCCUGUUUCUCGGCUUGGACAAUGCGGGGAAAACAACUUUAUUGCACAUGUUGAAGAACGACCGACUAGCAACCCUUCAACCCACUCUACAUCCAACAUCCGAAGAACUAGCGAUCGGGAAUGUGAAGUUUACGACCUACGAUUUAGGAGGUCAUCAACAAGCCCGGCGACUAUGGAAAGAAUACUUCCCAGAAGUGAACGGGAUUGUGUUCUUAGUGGAUGCCCAAGAUCCCGAGCGGUUCUCAGAAUCGAAGAUCGAGCUAGAUGCCCUACUCAGUAUCGAAGAGCUCUCCAAGGUUCCCUUCUUGAUCCUGGGUAAUAAGAUCGAUGCACCUGGUGCUGUUAGUGAAGAAGACCUCCGACAUUGUCUUGGCCUUUACCAAACCACCGGAAAGGGUAAAGUGCCACUUAUAGAUAUCCGUCCGAUCGAAGUUUUCAUGUGCUCGAUCGUCAUGAGACAAGGUUAUGGUGACGGCUUCCGUUGGUUGGCACAAUACAUUUGAGAUCCUCCCUCAACCAAAAAUCACCCAAUCAGGAUUUCCCUUUCCCAUUCUUCUUCUUUUUUUACAACUACUACUAUCCUUUCUUUGUCAUUUUCCUUUUUACACCCAUACAUAGUUCUUUUUUGUUUUUAUCAUUUUUUUUUUUUUGACCCAUCCAUAUCUUACCAAGUUUCUUCUUCUUUCUCUUCAUCUUACAUUCAGAAAGAAUGAAAAGCUUGAGACAAUACUCAAAAAAAAAAUGUUAAACAAAAAAAGCAAACAAACAUUUGUUAUACUCUGUUUUGUUUUUUGCUCUACAACAAACAACUUGUCGCUCAAAAACUGAAACACAACCCCUGGCUGCUGCAUCCCUCUU